UCUUAAUUACCAACUACUUACAGUUUUAAUUAAAGAUCGUUUAAUUCAAGCUAAUCUAUGGAGUUUGGCACAACAAGUUCAUCACUACCCGAUAUUUGAAUUAUAUACGGAUGGAUCCUUUAAUAAUACCCCUGGUAUCAAUGAAUUUCACAUGGGAUAUGGUUGGCAUAUAUCUAAUAUACAAAAUCAAGAUUUCUCAUAUUGUGGUUCUAUUGAACACUUUCCUUCAGCGACAAAAGCUGAAAUCAUGGCCAUUUUAACCGCUCUAAUUAUUUUACCUGGUGGUUCGGACGUCACGAUUUUCACUGACUCUCAAGCUGCGAUAUCCAAUUUCCAGAAAUCUGCACAUUUACAAUAUGUUUCUCCACGCCGAUUCAACAAAAUUAAUUAUAUGUCUCUUUGGUCAGCGAUUCAUCACAUUAUUAAAAAAUUAUCGCUUAAUGUUAAACUGAUUAAAGUUAAAGCACAUUCAUCUUCAGCUGAUAAUGAAAAAGCGGAUGAUCUAGCUAAAAUGGGUCAUUUUAAAACUCCUCCCACGUCAAUUACUCUCCAUGGUAUCCCUAAUUUAAAUAUUUCCUUGGAAUGGAAUAAUGAGAUCAAGAUAGAUAAAGAUAUUAGGAAGACGGUUGGCAAAAUCAUAGAUUAUAGAUGGUUAGAUAACCACAUGAAUCACAAUAAUUUAUCAGACAUAUACAAGUUCACACAACAUAAUAUGAUCAAUUGGUCAUUGACAUCAAAAUUUUUUCAUCAUAAUUCAAGAGACACAUAUACCGAUGAAAAACAUAGUAAAGAUAUUAGUUGGAUUAUUAAAUCGUCAACUGGUACGUUACCAACCCUAGACUUUUUAAAUCAGAACUUUCCAAAAUUAAUCAAAAAUGACACCAAGUGUAUGCUCUGUAACUCAGCAGAAGAGAGUAACGAUCAUAUUUGGAAAUGUCCAACCCUAUUACCACAUAUUCGUUCAACUUUCAGACUUCUAGCUGAUCAAGCUCAGACGUUCCUUCAAAAAUAUGCAGAUAAAUUGAAUCUAUGUAUUACUGAAUCUAUCAAAUAAUCCAACACUUUUUGUUGGUCCUUUUACAACGAAGCACCAAUCACGGAUAAUGCAACCUUACUUUUACGAUCUUAUGUAUCAGAAGAACUAUUACGUACAUUUAGAACCCACUUUCUUACACAAGGAGCGACGAUUAAAGCCAUACUUAAAUUUAUGGAAACAGCGAAAAGAAUAAUU